CGAGUGUGACUGUCCCUGGGAGCCGGAGUCCGUGGCCCCCGGCUAGCGGCCGGACGCGGUGAGCGGCGGAAAGGGGCUCGGACAGCAAAAGCAUCGUUGAAGCUUAGACAGGUGGAAACAUCGAAGUCCACCCACCGCUUCUCACUGAUUCGUGGAUUUCUGUGUGACCAGAUUGUUGCCGGCUCCUGUUGCAAGGGACUCCAAAGUGGAGCGCCCCUCUGCCCCCACUGCCCUGGUGUCCGGAGCUUUGCUGUCUGAGUGGCAGGAUGACAGCCGCUGUCCUGUCCGCCCCUUGUGCUCAGACCUCCCUGUAUCUGGCCUCUGCUCAGAGCGUGCGCACCGGGAAAGAAAGGCUCAGCAGGGAGUUCCUGACUCUCAGGUUGCAGGAUGCGGUGACCUUUGAGGAUGUGACUGUGGACUUCACCCGGGAGGAGUGGGCAUUGCUGGAUGUGUCACAGCGAUCGCUGUACAGGGAGGUGAUGCUGGAGAACUGCAGGAACCUGGCCUCACUUGGGUGUCAUGUUGAUAAAACCAGUCUGAUCUCCCAGCUGGAGCAAGAAGACAAAACGAUGACAGAGGAAAGAGGAAAUCUCACCAUCACCUGUCCAGAUUUGGAGACUGUACUUAAAACUAAAUGGUUGACUCCUAAGAAAGGGGUUUUUAGACAAGAACAAGUGAAAAGUGUAAAAACGGAGAAAAGUCGUCGUGGAGUGAAAAUCAAUGAAUGUAAUCAGUGUUUUAAGAUCUUCAGCACAAAAUCUAACCUCACUCAGCAUAAGAGAAUUCAUACUGGAGAAAAGCCUUAUGACUGUAAUCAGUGUGGGAAAUCCUUCAGCAGUAGAUCUUACCUUACUAUUCACAGGAGAAUCCAUAAUGGGGAGAAACCCUAUGAAUGCAAUCACUGUGGCAAAGCCUUUAGUGAUCCUUCAUCCCUCAGACUGCAUGUGAGAAUUCACACCGGAGAAAAACCUUACGAAUGUAACCAGUGUUUUCAUGUCUUCCGCACUAGCUGUAACCUUAAGAGCCACAAGAGAAUCCAUACGGGGGAGAAUCACCAUGAGUGUAAUCAAUGUGGAAAGGCCUUUAGCACAAGAUCCUCCCUGACUGGACACAACAGCAUUCAUACAGGGGAGAAACCUUACGAGUGUCAUGAUUGUGGGAAAGCCUUCAGGAAGAGCUCCUAUCUGACGCAGCAUGUAAGAACUCACACAGGAGAAAAACCCUAUGAGUGCAAUGAGUGUGGCAAAUCCUUUAGCAGUAGCUUUUCUCUAACAGUACAUAAGAGAAUACAUACUGGAGAGAAACCCUAUGAAUGCAGCGACUGUGGAAAAGCCUUUAAUAAUCUCUCAGCUGUUAAGAAGCACUUAAGAACUCACACUGGAGAAAAACCCUAUGAAUGUAACCAUUGUGGAAAAUCUUUCACUAGUAACUCUUACCUUUCCGUGCAUAAGAGAAUACAUAACAGGUGGAUAUGAAUUGGAAUGAGAAAUUACUAUAGGAAAUUUCUGUGAGAAAGCUCUUGUCGACCUCUCAACGUGAGAGAACUCACAACAGAUAUAUAGGUUAUCUGUUGCUGCAUAAAAAGUCAUUCCCCAAAACUGGCUGCAGAAUUCAGGAACAGGUUAGCUCCAUAAUUCUGGUUCAGGCUCUUUCAUGAGAUCGCAAUUCAGAUGUCAGGUAGAGCUGUGGUCAACUGAAGUCUUUACUAAUGAAGGAUUUACUUCCAUGUGGCUCCCUCCCGUGUCAGAAAAUUAGUUCCAGUUGUUGACAGGAGAUCCUUAGUUCCUCUGCAUGUAGGUUUUUGCAGCCUGGCAGCAAGUUUUCCUCAGACCAAGUGAUGGGAGAGCUAGUGAAGAAAUCAUGUUUCUUAUGACCUGUCACCAGAAGGAUGUAUUUGCACUUUCCUUAUCAUACUGUUACACAUAGUCCAAUCCUGAUAACAGUGUACAAGAAUAUAAUAGGAAGUUGUGAGUACUAGGAGACAGAGAUCACUGGAAACCAUCUAGGAAACUUGCCAAGAAUUUAAUAAAAGCCUUCAGCACACCUUCAUCCUUCCAUUCAAUAUGAAAUGUUAUUCAUUUAACUCUCCCAUUAAUUUUGGAGGGAAAUCUACUGAGUACAGUAUAUGUGAUAAAACUUCCAGCUCGCAAGGCGUGGUAGCACAUGCCUAUAGUCCCAGCACUUGGGAAGCUAAGGUAGAAGGAUCACUAUGUAGCAAGUUCAGGGACAGCCUGAACUCCAUAGUAAGACCCUGUUUCAACAAAAACCAAAACAACCCCAAAGCUACCACAGCACAAACUCACAUUAGUAUGCCCAGAAAAACCUACACAAUGAAAGGAAAGCCUUCAGCUGCAAUUCUUGAGAAUUAUGUGAGAAACCCUAUGGAGUUCAUCCAAGUGCAAAAGCCUGAUGGUCUUCUUUUCAGACACAUGUGAAAUCAGAAAACUGAUUUCCACAUGUGAAAUGUGGAAAACUAAUACAAGUAUUCAUGUUACUGAGUUACUGAUGGUGGGGUGCUCUGUUUGUAGCGACUUUAGGAAAACCUUGAACAUUCUCUAAUUUUUAAAAAGAUGUGAGAAUUUUUUUACAGAGAGAAAACUGUUGAAUGUCAUUGGUAUUGGAAGACUUUCCAUUUUCCCAUAUUCAGUAGAAAACUUGUAACUAUAAAGAAAGGGCGAGGAAGAAAUACUGUAUUGAACUGAAUGCGGUAUUUUU